CGCGGGGCUAACCAUCCGUCGACUUCGGCCGUAUUUACGCGCCCUGCCACUGGGCUGCCCCUCGUCUUCUUCUUGCUCCUGCGGCCCCUCCACCCCGCCUCCCCCCGCUUCGCUCGCGUCAUUAAUGCGGCGGCGGCGGCGGUGCUGGUAAAUACCGGGAGGGGACUGGAGCGUGGCGGUGCCGGUGCCUAAAGGCUGUGCCGCUUUUCGUCUCCUCGUCGUCGUCGUCGGCGGCGGUGGACGGCUUCGGGGUGGCAGGGACGUAGUGAUUCAGCCGUCUGCAGUCCUACAACCAGCCUGUGGAGUUGAUUGGAAGCCUUGCAAGAUGAUUGAGGGGAGGCGGCAUUCGGUUGAUAUCCCGAUCUCGAGGGCUCUGGUCGCCGUCAUGAGGUCCAGAUCUCUGAGGGACCCAGACACCAACUCGCUGGCCAAGUUCUCGGCCAAGAAGACCAUCUGGGAGGGGUGUUCCCUCGAGGAAGAUGACGUGGAGGCAAGCAAUUACGGCAGGCACAGCUUCAGCUACAACAUGUAUGAUCAUGUCCAGAGGAGGAGGGAGGAGUUUGGCGGCCGCCUCGCCAACUCUCCGAUCAACAUAAUCAAGGCCAACGCGCGGGUGAAGGCGGCGCUUCAUAACCAGAACUGCUGCUCUGCGAUCCCUGGGAUGUCGAGAGCUGCCAAGGACAGGGCUUUCUCUCUGGUGAUUGAAGGGGAAGAGCUCGGUCGGAGUGAGCCCCAGGAAGGCGCGAGAAGCUUGCUCCAGAAGUACCGGCCAAAGUCCUUCUCUGAGCUGGCUGGACAGGAUGUUGUUGCACAGUCUCUUUCAAAUGCCGUUUCUCAAGGAAAGCUUGCUCCAAUCUAUCUCCUCCAUGGUCCGCAUGGCAUUGGCAAGACAUCCGCGGCUAGGGUAUUUGCAGCGGCGCUGAAUUGCCUCUCUCCAGGUGGGAACCAGCCCUGUGGGCACUGCGAGGAAUGCGUGGCCAUAUUCUCAGGAAACAGCAGCAGUGUGGUAGAGGUUGAUGCUUCCAAACUGGAUUGCAAAUCUAGAGUUGCUGUCUUGCUCAGGAAUGCCUGUGAAGUUCCUGCUUCUUCACACUUCAAGGUACUUAUUGUAGAUGAUUGCCAACAUAUGGAUAAGGAGGGCUGGUACUCCAUCUACAGUAGCCUUGAAGGGAUCCCUGCAAGCUCAAUAUUUGUCAUGAUAACAUCCGACAUUGAUAAACUACCAAGCAACUCUGCUGGAUGGUGCCAGAGCUAUAGGUUUUGCAAGAUAGACGAUGCAGAGAUUGUCCGCCGAUUGAGCAAGAUUUGCACAAAAGAAGGAAUGGAGUUCGAAGCCGAAGCGCUGGAGCUUCUUGCUCGCAAGGCAAGUGGUUCCAUUCGGGAUGCAGUUCAAAUGCUUGACCAACUAACUCUGCUCGGAAAAAGGAUCAGCAAAUCAGUGACAUACGACCUAAUAGGUGAUGUCUCAGAUGAAGAGUUGCUUGAUCUUCUUAAUCUGUCUAUGUCAUCAGAUGCUGCUACCAUUGUCCGGAGGGCUAGGGAGCUUUUGAGUUCAAAGGUCGAUCCCAUGCAGCUAUUGGCUCAGCUUGCAAAUCUUAUCAUGGAUAUUUUAGCUGCGAAGCACCCCUCAGAUUCUUCAGAAGUUAGGAAAGUUACUGGCAAAAAUACAUCUGCUGAGGUGGACGUGCACAAACUUAGGAAUGCGCUGGAAAUACUUUCUGAAACCGAAAAGCAAUUGAAAACCACAAAGAACCAGUCCACUUGGCUCACCGCCGCUCUGUUACAGUUCAAUAUGAGAGAGCCUUACUGCCUAGAAGCCCUAGAUGAUACUGCAGUUUCAAGCAUGUUCACAGAGAGUCAAACAGACGACGGGGCUGCUGCCCUGAAAGAUGAAAGCUUAGAGACCAGUUCUCAUCUGUGCUACCAGAACAAACUCGGAUGUCUGGAUAUGAAUUUAGGAGAUCCAGAUGUACUGGAGACGAUAUGGAUGAAGGCUCUUGAAAACUGCACAUCUAAGUCACUUCAUAAUCUGCUGCAGAAAGAUGGAAAGUUGUCAUCCCUGUACACAACCCAAGGUGUGGCCGUCGCUGAGUUACAAUUCUGUCAUCCUGAGGAGGUACCAACAUCAGAGAGCUUCUGGAUGCCACUUGUGGUUUCUCUGCAGAAUUUGCUCAAGUGCAACGUGGACAUUAGGAUCAAUCUUUCUCCAAUCUCCAUCAGCAAUAGGAUUGUAUCCAAGAAUUCGUCGGUCAGCCUGGUCAUGCAAUCCAGAGAAGGUCAACAGGCGCAGAAUCCAGUCACCACGGACUGCAGAACCGUAGCUUCAUCCAGAAGGGAGUGCCCUUCGCCACCGCUCCCAGGACAACAACCCAAGGAGAAAGCAUCUCACAUCCUGGGAUGCCUUCAUGGUGCAGAUAGCGAUGCGGGAGAUGCGGAGUCGAGGAUCCUGAGCUACCAGAAAAUCUCUGUCAUUCCUGAAGCAUCCACUACAGGGAAUGUCGCCUCGAGAGCUGGAGAGCGCACGCCAAUGGUCGACGAAGUCAAAGGUCGUCGCCGCGGUGGCUGUUUCUCUGAGAUUCUACCGUGUGGUGCGUGUGCCCCCUCUCGGAAGUCCCAGCCGCACGACAAGCACAGGGCUCCGCGGCCUCGCAAGGGACUCUUCAGCUGCUGUUUCUGCAAGAUCAGGCCGGACUGCAGAACGAAAGCUGACGCUGUGUACAGGUCUGAAACCCAGGAGGUGUUCCAUGGGUAGCGAGCAUGUUGUAGCUUAAGUUAGGAGAGAUGAGCACCGUUGAAACAAGGCUGAUAAUGUUCUAUCAUUUUGGUACGGAUGUGGGUAGCCAAAUUCCAUUGGAAGUUAGAUCAAUUUAGGCGAGUCUUUGAACUGCAGCCUGCUCCUGAGUUCUGACUCUAGAUGUGCAUCGUAGAUGUCAGAGUACAGUCCAAUAGGUCUUCUAAACUCUACUGGUAGCGCAAUGAUAUAAUCCAUCAGAAAACACCCUUUUGUUGCGUUCCUGA